AUGUCGUCGACUUGGAUUGAUAAUGUCAGGUCGUCGCAUAACCUGCAAUUAGCAGCUACUGCAGUGGCUUCUGGAUUGCUGGUUGGAAGUGCAAUUCUAGGACUGCAAAAGGCAAAGCAGCAGUAUCGGGUUUCUGACCUCAAGAGCUCGAUUCCUGAUCUUGACAAGGAUGAGAAUGUUAUUCAAAUAAACAAUUUUGGUGGUGCUGUGCAGGAUGGCUCCAGAUCGUCGAAAGAGGAUGAGAGAGGUGCUGCUCUUGCUGCCAGAGCUCGUUUGGGAGAUUACGACGAAGAAUUGAUCCUGGAACAACUGGCCCGUAACCGUGUUUUCCUUACCGACGACGGCCUGAAGAAGCUACGAAAUGCAUUCAUCAUCGUUGUUGGAGUCGGUGGUGUUGGUUCCCAUGCCGCAGCUGCUCUUGCUAGAUCUGGAGCUGGAAAACUACGUAUCAUCGACUUUGACCAGGUCACUCUUUCCUCUCUGAACAGACAUGCCGUAGCCACGCUUGCAGACGUGGGAACACCAAAGGUACACUGUCUGCGCAAGCGUCUCGAGCAAAUCACACCUUGGACACACUUCGACUGCAGGAAUGAACUCUUCGUAGGCUCAACGGCCGAAGCACAACUAGCACCCUGGGCAGAUGGCCACAAGCCAGAUUUUGUCAUUGACGCCAUCGACAACAUCGAUAGCAAGGUCGACCUUCUCGCCUACUGCCACAAGCACAAUAUCAAAGUCAUCUCCUCCAUGGGUGCAGGCUGCAAAUCUGACCCCACUCGCGUGUUCCUUGGCGAUAUCUCUACCAGCACAGACGACCCUCUCUCCCGCUCCACAAGACGCAGACUACGUGCAAAGGGCGUCAAAGAUGGCAUCCCUGUCGUCUUCUCCAGCGAAAAGACUGCACCAGGCAAAGCCCAACUCUUGCCCCUCUCCGACGAAGAACACGCCAAAGGAAGUGUCGGUGAACUCGGCGUACUUCCAGAGUUCAGAGUUAGAAUCCUGCCCGUGCUAGGAACCAUGCCAGCAAUCUUCGGUCUCUGCGUCGCGAACCACGUCAUGCUCUCCAUCAGCGGUUACCCCCACGAAUAUCUACCUUCGAAAUCAAGAGACAAGAUGUACGAUGGUAUCCUGGCUAGCUUACAAGGCUCAGAGGAGCGCGUAGCCCGCCACAUGUCCCUCGAUCCUCUCGGUCUGCGCAUUCCCAUCACACAAGAAGAUGUCGGUUACGUUGUUGAAGAAGUCUAUCGUGGUCGCAGUGUAGUCAGCGGCUUAGCCAGCCGUCUCGCACUUGUGCGCUGGCGUAAGCCAGAGGGCCAAUUCAUCGAUACCAGCGUUGCAGGACAAAAGAGCUCGAACAUCGCGAUCAAGGAUUUGGUACUUAUGACUAAGGAUGAGGUUACUCAGCACGAGAAGUUGGUGCUUAAGGGUGACAAGACCCCUGAAGAGGUUUACGAGGCUAAGGUUAUCAAGUUGGUUGAGGAGAGGAUGAAGGAGGAGGCCAAGUAUCGCGAUUUGAGGUAG